CCAUCCCGGUAGCAUAUUACAGUUCAUUUUCGGUUUUCGGGAUAAAUAUUAAACACGGAUUAUUUUUCUCUAAACCCUCUUUCUCGGCUACAAGGAAACGUAAAAGCUGAAUUCCUGUAGAAAUCCUUGUAUACUUAUGUCCGUAUAUAGAAGAGAUUAGUUCUCAGCACCUCCAAUGGCUAUAAAACUUUCAUCUUUGACGCUGUCCAGGAGAAUCCCUAACUGGGCUUGUCUGAAUGCCCAUCUUUCUUCGAUAUCAUGUGCAAUUAACUUGCAGUCCACCCAAGAAUCCGAGCAAAGCCAAUCGAAUUCCGCUGAAUUUGAAGCAAAGAUUCAGUUUUUAAAGAAUAGGCUUCAUCCCGAUAGCUUAGUCUCUGUAUUGGAGAGAACCUCUGAUUUGAACUCCUCAGUGAAGCUAUUCAAAUGGGCUUCCCUUCAGAAAACAUUCAACCACACAGCAGAUACAUAUCACAUGAUGAUUCUGAAGCUGGGCAUGGCCGGAAAUGUGGAGGAGAUGGAGGGUUUUUGUCAUGAAAUGGUAAGGGAGAAAUGCCGUGGUUUUGAUAAGUCUCUUUUGGCUUUGAUUGAUUCAUUUGUUGGUAAUCACAGGCUUAGUGAAGCCUUGAGGGUUCUUUAUGUUAUGAACUCAAGUAGUUUUAAGCCUUCUAUAGGCAUAAUUAAUGCAUUGAUGAGUGCACUUGUGGAAGAAAAGAGAGAUUUUAAGGAUGUGCUGUUUGUGUAUAAAGAAAUGGUGAAAGCUGGAAUUUGUCCGGAUAUCGACACCCUCAAUUACCUGUUGGAGGCUCUGUUUGAAUCUGGGAGAGUUGAUACAGCUAUAGAUCAGUACAGAAGAAUGGACAAGAAAGGGUGUAAUCCCAAUAUCAGGACUUUUGAGAUCCUCAUAAGUGGUCUUGCUGCAAGGAAUAGAGUGGAACAGUCGAUUGGCAUAUUGCAGGAGAUGUUUGAAUGCGGGUGUGAGCUGGACUCUAGAUUUUAUACUCGUAUAAUACCUAUAUUUUGUGGUCUGCAGAAUCUAGAGAUUGGUUCAAGGUUGUUUAAACUGAUGAGAGCUUCUAAUAUAGCUCCAGAUUCUGUCACUUAUGGGGCUAUGAUAAGAUGUUUGUGUGAGCAUCUCCAAAUGGAUGAUGCGAUCAAACUUUUUAAAGAGAUGACUGACAGUAGCUUGUUGCCUGAUCAUCAAGUGUACGUAGAUAUAAUAAAUGGUCUUUGUAAAUUAAAUAAAAUCACUGAAGCCCGGAACUUACUGGAAGAGAGAAAUCUCAUGGAUACUUGUCUUCAUAACUCAAUUCUUGCAUCAUAUUGCAACAGUGGCAAUUUUAUCUUGGCAAAAGAUAUGUUCCGUGAUAUGCUUGGGAGGAGUAUAAUUGAUGCUAGUUCUUGGAAUAUCCUUAUCAGAUUUCUCUGUGAGAACUUGGUGAUCAACAAAGCGUCGGAGUAUGUCUGUAGGAUGGUUAUUUCUUCUUUCGUACCUGACUCUGCUACUUACUCUGCUCUUAUUCUUGGGAACUGUAAAACGGGAAAAGUUGCAGAUGCUUUAUAUUUGUUUGGCCAUAUUAAAUCGAAAUAUUGGGUUUUGGAUUCUGUCUCUUAUGCUGAGUUUGUUGAAUGUCUUUGUCAGAGGGGAAACAUUCAAGAUGCUGCUAAAGUGUUUUGCUAUAUGUGUGAUAAAGGUUGUACUCUUCAAUUGACCUCCUUCAAUAUGUUGAUUGAGAAAAUCUGUGCAAGUGGAGAGGUUAAUAGAGCCAUCAAAUUGUUAUCAUUGGCAUACUCCACUGAUGUGGUAGCUUCUUUAGGUGCCAGUUACAACAAUAUCUUGAGAGGUCUAUCUAGGUUGGGCCAGGAAAAUUAUCUCUGGAUGAUGCUUGCACAAAUGAUAGUAAUUGGCUGUGCUCUUGAUGCGGAAACUUACUGCAUUCUCAUUCAGUGCAUGAGUGCUUUGGAUCACAUAGGAGAUUGCGUUUUUGUUUUCAAUUUAAUGCUGCGUGAGGACCUAAUUCCUGAUUCAGAAACAUUAGGUUGCUUGUUGUCUUGUUUGGCUAAGUAUUCUCAAAUGCACUUGAUUUUUCCUUCGAUUGACAAGCUUGUCUCCAUGCCUGAAAUUCUUGAUUCAACUAUGUAUAGUGUACUAAUUGAUAGCCUCUGGAGAGAAGGAUACAGAAGUGAGGCAAGCCACUUGCUGGAUUUAAUGUUGGAAAAGGGUUGGGUCCCAGAUGCUUCCACGCAUGCAUUGCUAAUAGGUUCUAUUGCAAGAAAGGAAAUGGUGGGCAGAAAAUCUGGUAGUGAAAUAUUUAGCAUUCAAGACAAUGUGAGUUGCAUUCUUGAAGAGGGCCUGGGGAAAAGAUGAUAGAUUCAUUCUCUUUUCCAGUAUAGAGCCAUUUAUCAAGUCCUUUGGGCCAAGAAACUUGUUAAACUACGGCACACUUUUGUGUAUUACAAGCUCCACAGUUAAUGUGGAUGGAGCUAGCAUCCUUGGCACAUAAGUGUUGAGAUAGGAUGAUGGGGAAUCUGAAGCGCAACCUUUGUACAGGUAGACUACUUUUUUCUUGAGGAACUAUCAAUCUUGGAUACUCAUGGAUCUUGCGAAAGGAAUGCUGGACUAUUCCCUGUGUUGAGCCAAGAACGUCAUCACAUCUAGUUCUAUUGUUUUGCCGAGCUUGCAGUUCCUAUAUACUUCAACUGAAUCUUUCUUCUCAACAAGUGUACACAUAGUCAUGCUUUCUUGUCACACGACGAAGUUGUGUGGCAGAGGGUCUUGGUGGGGUGAGGAUGAUUUGCCCCACCAGUGUUUAGUGGUAGAACCUCUCAUUCUGCCGAUCCGCCAGAUGGAUUCUUCUUUCUUUGGUGUGUGGGAGGGAUAAUACUAAUAGACCAUCUUCACUCCA